UCAACGGCAUCAGAUCGUGCCUCUGAAACUAGCUGUGUUAAGAGCUGUGUCAGUCUCGGAGUCACUCAGCUACAUCAGGCAUGACAGGCAAGUUCACGAUUGUCUUGGAAUAACAGGAGGUUAUGGAAAGAUUCCAGGCGGUACAUAGCAUGAAAAUAGAUUCUUCUGCAGAGCAAGCUAAGGUAGCGGCAUAUAGUGCCUUAGUAACUAGCGCCGGGUUCACCAGAUUUAGUGAAGAGAACACAGAGGCAGCGGAGGAGCAUGCUGCCCGACGAAAACGGUGGCGCGGAAUGGCACUUUCUACUCCACAGGCUGGAGUUCAAUGGUCCGACAUCCCGUCAACGAUCGAUCUGCGCCAAGUGGAAUGUUACUGGGGAUACGAGUCCUGAUCAGCGAUUCCGAAAUCUGGCUACAUACAACUACCUAGCCAUUCCAGCUAUGUCAGAGCUCGUUGUUAGGCUCACUGUGAGAGCAGGGUUGUUUUGCUGCUCUGAAAGAAUUAUAGGCAGAAAGCAGCGAUCUAACAUCAGCAUUAGAUUAUCGGCUUCAGACAGGAUCACCAGGAGACUUCUUAGUAUUCUGUGACAACGCCAGACUCUCCUCGCGUCAACACCUUGCACUUGUCACGUAUAUGGACUCAGCGGAAAUUAACGUCACAAGAGAACUUCGUUCGGGCUAGUAUCCACUUGAGUAAUAAGAGAAUGGAGGUGAGGAUUGAGCGUGCCACCUAGCCGGGGGUGAACCAAGGUCCCUGAGGAUUUAAACUCAGGCAGAUCAUCCAGUGGGUCGGGCACGAACUACAUCGCCAUCGACCCAUAGAGCGACAUGGUAGCCAAGGAGGAGAAUCGAUCUCAUCCCCGAGGUGGACGCACACUAGGGCCUCUUGCAAAAGGAAAUGUCCGGGGCGGGGCUACAGAACCACACGUCAAUCUAUAUGUCGAAGUGGGAGAUCGGGGAUUCAAUCUGCACAAGUUCCCGCUCCUGUCCAGAAGUGGAAGACUCAAUCGCCUGGCAUAUGAGUCUCGCAAUACAGAGAGGUGUCAAAUUGAUCUCUCUGACAUCCCUGGAGGAGCCCGAACAUUUGAGCAUGUUGUCAGGCUGUUGUAUGGAGUGAAGUUGGAGCUCAGCCCUCACAAUGUCGCAACCCUGCGUUGCGCCGCCGAGUAUCUGGAAAUGACAGAGGACAUUAGAAAUGAAAACUUGGUGGCUAAGACGGAGAAUUACUUAACUAAAGUAGUAAUGAGCUCGUGGCGGGAUAGUAUCAGCGUUCUCAAGACCUGCUCGGAGCUCAACCCAAUGGCAGAUGAUCUGGAGAUCGUAAGCAAGUGCAUUGAGUCGAUUGCUAGGAAAUGUAACGCAGAUCUUUAUGCCGUGCGAUGGUCUUUCUCCAGUAGAGCAGUUGCCAAGGAAGUCCAGCGUGAUUGGUGGUUCGAUGAGGUCUGCUCGCUGAGCAUUAGCGCAUUCAAGAAAGUGAUGAAUGCUGUAAGUAAGAAGGGGUUGAAUCCGGUGGACUUCGGAGCCGCUGUGGAAUACUACGCUCACAAAUGGCUGCAGCUCGCAAAAGAAUUGGACUUGUCCACCACAUUGAAGACGAAGGAUGGCCCAGUGCAAGCCAGCAUCGUGGCAUUCACGAGCUCCGAUCAGCAGAUGGUCCCUCAAGACGCAACAAAAACCUUACACAGGCAUCGGGCUGUUCUUCAAGGGAUUGUGAACCUACUGCCCUUCCAGCUUAGUGCAACGUCCGUAAAAUUCCUGCUCAAGCUUUUGCGAGUCGCGUGUUUAGGGAAUGCUAGCUCCUUCUGCAAGACAGAGCUAGCGAAACGAAUUUCCUCUCAAUUAGAGAAAGCUGAAAUUGACGACCUCCUCAUUCCUGUACCUGGUGAAUCGAAUUGCGACCUUGAUAUCGUCCAGAAAAUCGUGGAAUUCUAUCUGCAAGACCAAAUUCAGGGAAUUUCUACCGCGUUUAGCCCAAGCAGUGUUUCAAGGUCAAGCGUCUCCGGAUCUUCGAGUUGCACGUCAAGCUCGAGAUCAAGCCUUGGAAGUUUAAGUGCCUCUUCAAGCAGCUUGAGUGACUCUAGAACUACAACGGACAGCUGGAGCGGUCGCAGUAUUUCUGGCUCCAGUGUCUCCGACUCGAGCAUUAGUGGCACCAGUACUGGGAGCUUUGUAAGCACAUCGAGCGAGACAUCUACAUUGUCGAGCCGAAGUCAGUUACACAGCCGGACGAAUUCAGUUGCCUCCAUUGAAACCGGCUCAUUAGAUCUUUCUAGUGACGAAAGCGAGAAGCUGGAAAGUAAAUUCUACGUCAACGAAGGCCCCAGUCGUAAGACUCAACUUCCGCCCACAACGACGAACUGCAAGGUGGCCCAGCUUCUGGAGACGUACUUGGAGGAAGUUGGGAAAGACUCCAACGUGUCUCCUGCCAAAUUCAUCACGCUUGCUGAGCUGAUAACAGAAUUUCCCCGUGAUUCAGAUGAUUCCAUUUAUAGAGCGAUUGAUGCCUUCCUCAGGGCUCACCCAUCCUUGACCGAGCUGGAGCGUAAGAAGCUGUGCAGUUUCAUAGACACCGGAGCUCUCUCCUUGGGUGCCUGUGUGCACGCUGCUUCGAACGAACAUCUCCCACUAAGAGUCAUCGUACAAGUGCUUUUCCAUGAGCAAAUAAAGCUUCGAAAUGCCAUAACAGUAAACAAGGUGAUCAACGACAAAGAUGUGGGUAGUGGGCCAGACAAAUUAUUUUCAUCCACUUCGUCAGAAUCCGGUUCCUCCAGUGAUCUGAGCGACGGUAGUACAAGCUCCAGCACAAGUACUAGUGUCACCACCAUCAGCAGAUUGCGGAGUCCCAGCAUCUCAAGUGCCAAUGCUUUGAAUCUUGCCGUACCUAGUCCGACCAUUGCCAGCGAAAAUAGCUCUAUGCUGCUGGGUGGCUUAUCUACGAAGGAGACUCUGAGGUUUGUUCUUGCCGAAAUUGAGUCAUUGCGGAAUGCGGUGCAGGAAAUUGAGAGCUUCAAGAGCCGCCUCAUCCAAACAGAUGCACUUCAAAUGGAAAUACACAACCUUUCCACGAAAUUCGAAGAAAUGGCCCAAGACUACAGCGGGAUGAAUCAGCAGGUGGAGGGAUUGACGAAGAACACCAAGCAUAAGUCUGGUUGGAGCUUUGGAUGGAAGAAGGUAACCAAGUCCUUUCAGUCCAAAGAUCCGGCACUCAUGGAACACCAUAGGUUUGAGACAACACCGCUACCUCGAACCCAGCUCUCUGAACACAUGGAUGUACCAGCUCUUCCGCCACUACGAACGUCCAAAUCCGACAUCCUGCUCCCGAAGACGCCAAGAGCCGAUACAACUCUGCUCCCCAAGACCCCGAGAGUGCCUGACCUGACCCUGCAUCCCAGGACACCGAGAGCAAGCUCAUUGCCAGUUCCUAAAACACCGAAAGCCGAGCUCACUUCAUAUCCAAAGACACUCGGAGCAGACUCUAUACCAAGUUCCAAGACACCGAAAGCAGAAUUUUUGCAAUCUCAAAAAACGCCAAGACCAGAUUUUAAACCAACAUCGGCGGUAACUAAGAGUAUACCGCUCAAGCAAGAAAACGUUGAACCUCAAUCUUCGUUCGAGGGAGUACAUGAAGUUUUGAAGGUGGACACACCAACCUCGAACUCCAAGCGCUCAGGGGCGAGCUCCGUGCAAUUCAAAGAUCGUUGCAAAGAGGAUUACAUUACAAAUCAUCGCAGUCUCCACGUCGGAGAUGAGCAUCGUAGACAGAGAAGCCGAUCGACGUCUCCAGACUACAUCCGCCAGCACAAGCACCGCGAAGAGUCUGACUCCGUCUCAGUCACAACCACAAGCUCUCACAGCACAACUUCCACAACCCUGAGCAAUCGCAGUGGCCAUGUCUAUCGGGGCAGAGAUUCACGCAAUGGACAUCGGAGGGACUAUUAUGAGGGUCGUCACGACAGGAGUACAUCGAGGACUGCUUCGCACAAUCAUCUCCCCCGUCAUCGUCACCGUAGUAGCCAUAAAUCAGGGCGUUCUUUAGGGCAUGAGAGAGAGUUCUCGGCGGAGCGUUCUUAUCGCAGCAGACAACAUAGGUUAGAGCAUCAUGGCCCUUCUCACCGUAAACGUCGUCAAAAGGAAUUGUCAGGACACCGUUCAACCAGCCAUCGUUGCCAGAAUGACCACGAUAUCAAGGACCACCACUACAUGGAUUCCCAUUCUCUCCACAUCAGCACGGACCUCCAUUUAACUUCAACUUCUGUUCACGGUAGUGGGCACCAGCGUUACAAGGAUGGGUCAGUUUCAAGUUACCAUGGAAGAGAAGGAUCCGAGCAUCAUUCCAGUCAUCGCAGUAGCCAUCGGAAGGAUCACUACAAGGAAGACUCGAGCAAACACUCAAGCCAGCCUCACCGUCAUAGCAGUUAUCACAGACGGAAGGAGUUCUUCGAAUGAGAUGCCCGUGGUGACUCAAAAACCAAGCGAAAAUAUCCUUGACGUGAUAUAAGACAGUUCUAAGCAGAUUGAGUUGUUUGUAAGAAAAUGCCCGAUUACUUCGCAGGAGAAUGUAGAAUAUUAAAUGCAUUUAGUAUUAAAAGGCAUGUUGCGCACGUACUUCAAAGCGCACCAACGUAGACAGAUUUGGAGCUAAAAUUAGUUUGAUUCUAGAAUCUUGGAGGUGAAGCUAAGAUUCAGGAGCAGGUGGAUUAUCCACACCUCAAAACAAUGAGAGAGAGCAGAAUGCCACUACCUCGCUGAUAAGAAUACAGGUCGUGUGUUACAAAGAAAUCAGUACAUUUUUUGCCCA